AUGCUUCGAUUGUGGCUAAGGAUCUACCUAGUCCUUUGCAAUGUGGUGAUCCUCUCCCUCGUCGUUCACGCGGGCCCUUUAGCACCCCGAAGGGCAGUGUCGCUUCCCACCGAAUCCUCGGACACGAACCUUGUCCUCGACUAUGCCCAACAUCAUCCCUCGCGUCGCAAGCGUAAGCUCGAAGCGAGGAUCAAUAUAUCUGGCUUUUUGAACGAUGCCAAAAGGAUUGCGGCCGGUCUUCCCCAGCAAGCCCAAGCACAGGCCAAGCAAGCGGUUCAAAAACUAGGCGAAGACUUGGAGAGCAAAAAGCCGGCUCUCCAAGAAGCCUCAAAGAAGGUGCUGAACACCCUUGAUAUCGCUGGCAAAUCUGCAGGCUUGGUAGUGGCAUUGACCGCCGCCCAUCUGGUCAAGCUGGAGGAGACAACGGACCAAGGGAAGCAAGCCGAUGGUCUCAAAACAUUCGACGCCGUUUUGGAUCGUCAUGCCGAAGCCUUCAAGACCUUGCAAUCCUUGGAACCCAAGCUCUUACGUCAAAUUAAAAAAACGAUCUCGGAUACCGAGGAUAUUAUUACAGAUGGGAGCACCAUGACGACUCAGCAACGAGACCGGCUUCUCGACGAGUACGAAGCCGGAGUUGAGCAGAACUUGAAAAGCUUUGAGAGUGCCCGUGAAGAAAUCUAUAAGGAUCUUCUCGAGGCUAAGUUGGUUUCAGGUCCUCCAAUCAAAAUCGAAGACGCAAUGACACUUGACACUCGUGUGGAUCUUCGAAAAGCUAGAGAAAUCGCCCGCUAUCUAGUGAGGUGGGAGCGAGGGGACAAAGGGUCGAAUGCGUAUACCGUCUCAGAUGCCCUCUGUCAGCUCCUUAAUAUAAUUCCGGUCUCCCAAUCGCAGAUGAUUGAAGAAGUCAAUACCGAUGCAGAGUACUUGGCAACGACACAAGCUAAAUAUUUCAGGAUUUUCAUGGAGUAUAUGCCAACCAGCAUCGCCGAAAAAGUUCUCCCAGAAUAUGCUCAAAAGCACCACCUGACGGCUUUGGGGAGGAGGGCUCACGAGCGGAAAGUUUUCAAAGCCGUGAGUUAUGAAGAGAUUGAAACCCUCAAGCGCGAGGUUAACGACCUCCUCGACGAAGCCGACAACUUCGUGCAAGUCCACGUUUCAAAUGCUUUGACAAAGGGUGCAAUCAGCGAGGAAACCCGAAAUCAACUGAUGAGAGUUUGGGAUCGUUCCGUUGAUCGUAGGAUCACAACGGCCACAAGCGCCGUGCAUAGGAUCAUCACAACUCUCCGGGGCGCGAAGUUCAUUGAUACUCUCCCUACCGAUAACGAGUUUUACGAGGAGGUUGGGGCUACUCCGAAAUUGCCUAAUCAAUGUUCCGUGGAAUCCUGGAAUAAUGCUCGUAACUGCUACUCCUUGCUUAAGGACUGGAGAGCGGGAGAAAAGGGUCUUGACGGGAAGCCGGUGACGAAAGAUUCUGCAAAUUCUCAAAUAAGAUCGAUACUGGGGGUCAUGUGA